AUGGCUAGUGAGGAUAGUUUUCUAGUCUUGGUACACCACAGAGGGGGGAUUAAGAGAAAAACCAGGUCCGGUGUGAAGUUCACCGAUAAGGAUCCUCUGUGUAUUAUCGUGAGCCCUACGACGAGCUACGAUGCCCUCAUUAGCUCUGUGCUGGUGAAGCUUGGUCUGGAAGGAGUGAAAAGGGUUAAGAAGUUUUUCUAUCGCAUUCCAACCACUGUGCUCCAUGAUACGGUGAAGUAUGAUUGUUUCAUAAUCGGGAUUGAUGAGGACUUGCAGGUCAUGUUUCUUUGUCGCAGGCAGUUUCCCGAAGUGAGGACACCAGAGCUGUUAGCAAAGUUGGUUGACGUGGUAUCCAGCUCGGGUGGUUCGAACCGGAAUACCAACACUAUAGCCACGGUGGCCGGUUCAAGCUCGAGACCUGCGGUUGCUUCAUCCUCCGUACCUAUGUAUGAGCCACAGAUCCAGCCUGUCGCCUCCCCUUCGUUCGCUGUUGAUCUCAGCGGCAACGUUGGCGACGAGGUUCGAUAUGGGGAACAUCUUCCGACCGAAGUACAUUGUCCUACACCGGCUGGUGUUGGUGAAGGAUUUUUUGAUGAUCCAGAUGACGAUGAUGUGGAGCCGGAUAUGAUCGCUGAUGACAGUGGCGAUGAUCUCGGAGCGAGUGAUCCGAGAGGGGCGACAGGUGGAUCUAGUUCUGGUACACAGCAGUACCCACCCCAUUUUUCAUCGUUGGACCUGGAUGCCAUGAGGCAGGAUGGACAUGCUGGGCAGCUUAUUGGAUUCGGCGCUAGAGAUACGGAAGGGUCUGCUGGUAUUACAGAGUUCCAGGUUGGUCAACAAUUUUAG